UGACCGACUAGACACUCAGUCCAGAUAGUCCACCGUUUUGUUCGCCUCAGAAGUCGCUCUGCACACAGAUUUGGACAAAAUGACGUCGCGACUCAUACCAUGGACUCAAGUCGUUGCGGGCUUCUUUCUCAUGUUCAAUUCCUGGUCAGUACGUCAGAAAUUGAGAUGCACUCAGCUAAUUUGCAAAGGGGUCUCAUAAACGCUUUUGGGGCUUUCCAGGAGUACUACGGCUCAUUCACACCGGCGCUUUCGACACCAUCCUCAAUCUCAUGGAUUGGUUCCCUCCAAACGUUCCUGUUGCUGGCCUGUGGCUCUGCGACCGGAUCCUUCGUUGACAGAGGUCACGCGCGACUGAUGUCUCUCAUCGGUGGUGCGCUCAUCACGCUUGGCUUGCUAUUCACGUCGUUCAGUGGAGAGUUCACGGACGCGAGGCGCCCUGUGUACUACCAAGUGCUGCUCUCGCAAGGCAUCCUCUCGGGCCUUGGUAUGAGCUUGCUGCUCGUUCCGUCUACGGCAAUCGUCCCCACGUACUUCACGGAAAAUCGUGCUUUCGCGGUUGGCAUUGCCAACACUGGCGCAUCGCUCGGUGGAAUCGUGUAUCCAAUCCUUGCGCGGCGCCUCCUUACCACUGUGGGCUUCAGCUGGGCUAUGCGAGCAACAGCACUUGUUGUGCUCGUCACGACCGGCGUUGGAUGUCUACUCGUUCGUCAGCGGUCUGAUUUGACAAAGAGUCCCGCCAAACGCACUCUUUACCAGUUCGGCUGCUUGAAAGACUACGAAUAUGCUCUCUUCGUCGCAGGUAUUUUCUUCACAUUUGCAGGCAUCUAUAUCCCAUACUUCUACAUCAGCGCCUGGGUACAGGAUACGGAGUUCCCACUGCAUGGUAUGAGCGCCUACUACCUUAUCAGCAUUAUGAACGCUGGUGGACUGUUCGGUCGAAUAAUUCCCAACUUUGUUGCCGAUAAGUUCAUCUCCGGUCCGGUACUCACUCAAGCACUAGCGGCAAUCGCUUGUGGGGCUCUAGCAGCAGGGUGGACAUACAUCAAGACGUCUCUCGCUGGCCUGAUCGUUUGGGUCGUCGCAUAUGGCUUCGUCAGCGGAAGUGUCAUUAGCCUCAUUCCAGCCAGUGCGGCGACCCUGACUCGAGACAUGAGCACACUUGGGGGGAGGAUCGGAGUUUUGUUUGCAGGCAACGCAAUUGCAAGCUUGAUUGGAAACCCAGUUGCUGGUGCUAUUCAGCGACAGACUGACUCCGGCUGGAGAGGUCUUGCAAGCUAUUCCGCGGUUUUCAACGUUGUCAGUGGCUGUUUCCUGGCAGCUUGUUGGACAUUGAACGUUCGUCGCAAGAGGAAGUCGGAACGGGCCGAUGUCGAGAAGUAACUUUUUAGCGCAAUAGGACCGAUUUGAAUGACUCUCGUUCUUGUCUGGCGAUGGUGGUGUGCGGUGGGGGAGGAAGACGGCAGUUGCGACGGGUGUGUUGGGUGUGCCGAGGCAAGCGCGAGAUUUCGGCACUUCGGCCUCUGCACCUUCAUCACCAACUUCGAUACAGUAGUGUAGGCAAGCAAGAA